AUGCCUUACUAUGUGCCAAUCUUUCCAGCUAGCAGCGUUCAGUUGAUUGUCGCAUGUAAAGAACGGGGUAAUGAGGCAUACUCUAAAGCAAAGUAUCCGCAGGCGAUUCAGGAGUAUACAAAGGGAUUAUCGUACUUUACCACUACAGCUUCACCUUCUCUAUCAGCAUCCUCCGAAGAUGUCAAGGAUUCCAGUGAUCCAGUUCACCUACUGACGUCGCUGCUCAGCAAUCGCAGCGCUUCGUAUCUUGAAUCUGGCAAGAUGGAAGAAGCUUUUGCCGAUGCCGACGAGGUGGUCAGGCUACGGCCUCACUGGGUGAAGGGCUACUUUCGGAAGGGCGAGGCCUUAGCUGCUCUGAAACGGUAUCCUGAAGCGCUGGAUGUAUACCAGGAGGCUCGGAAACGGGACAAGAGCAGUAAACCUAUUGUGCAGAGGCUCGUUAAGAUGAACAUGCUGAUUGAUAAUAUGAAUCGGGGGUUGGUUAUACAUCAACUGCUUUCAGGUCGCGAAAUAUGUCAAAAGAGUGUAUUCUCACCUAUAAACAGCCUCAUAUACGAUUUCGCUCAUCAGCUACGAAACUUUAUAUACGUUGUCGCUGAUAUCAAGUCGAAGGACUGCGUUCUCGUGGACCCUUGUUGGGACAUAGAUGGUAUACUGAAAUUUGUCAAGAACGAAGGUCUGAACGUCGUAGCUGCUAUAGCGACUCAUCAGCACGUUGAUCAUGUUGGCGGCCUACCACCUUCUCCAUACGACAAAUACGGUGUCACGGUAGAAGGAUUGAAGCUACUCUUGAAAAGGCUGCCUAAAAUCGUGGCAUAUGUGAAUGCCAACGAUAUACCUGCGAUAUGUAAAAUCAAUCCAGAUAUACCUGUGGACCGGUUGAAACCUACUGAACAUUUGCAAGUCAUAUCGCUACCUUUGGGAGCGGCUAAUGCUACCACGACGUUACAGUUUUACCAUACUCCAGGACACACACCAGGCUCCCAAUGUGUGCUAGUAGAUGGAUGUAGAUUACUAUCAGGAGACACACUCUUCAUUGGGAGCUGUGGUCGAGUCGAUUUCCCUGAAUCAAACCCUGCUGAUAUGUACACGUCGCUGAAUCAAAUCUUGGGAAGCUUGCCUGAUGAUGUUAUUGUUCUGCCGGGACAUGAUUAUGGUGGAGAGUUCACGACCAUUUUACAAGAAAAGAAACAUGGUCUGUUGCGGCCAUGCUCCAAGGAAGAUUUCUUGACGGCUAUGAACAAGUAG